AUGUCCUCAAACCGCAUUUUGAGGAAUGUUGAUAUCCUUCGGAGGAUUUUCAAACAUUCUGAUUCCUCGCAAAACUAUGACAACGUGCUUGUCUCGAAGGUAUGGUCCAACCAGGCCUUGAGUAUCCUGUGGCGAACGCUCGACUCGCUUCUACCGUUACUUCGCCUCUUGGGUCCUAUGACCUUGGCUUCAGGAGAGGGCAGGCCUUAUUAUAAAUACGACCGACUGAUUAAUUCAGAGGAUUGGGUGGUGUUCCAGCGUUACGCAUGGCGUGUCCGCAGAAUAGAGAUUGGCUACAUGCGGCCUCCCAACUUCAGUGACUCCGUUUUCAUGGAUAUCAUCAUCGCCAGCCGCACACUAUCCGGCGUCGAGCUUCUUCCCAAUUUACAAAGCUUAUCGUCUGAGGACACUCUCUUUAUACAGAAAUGGAUACCCUUAUUCAUCAACAAAUCCCUCAGCGCGCUGGAUCUACGAGUAUCAGGACCGGUGGAUAUGCACCUGCUCACGCGAACCCUGUCGCAUCUCCAUCAUCUAUGCCCGAAACUGCAAAACCUGUCGCUUUCGACGGAAUUUGAACUUGAUGACGCACCACAAUUUGAUGCGGCCUUGUCAUCCCUCCUAUCGCUGAAAGAACUUGAUCUUUCGUCUCCUCUACUCUCUCUUUCGACGAUAAACACCCUUGCACACCUUCCGUAUCUCGAAACUUUCACGAUCUCGGACAUGGAUGGUGAAGAGUCCACCCUCCCAGCAAUGCCGUUGUCCGACGCAUUCCCAUCGCUCGGAACCUUUGCUAGUGACGCGGCUGGGUUUCGCUCCAUCGCGUCCUUCCUUGAAGCAUAUGAGCCCCGCAAGCUACACACCCUUUACGUGUAUUCCGCUAGCACGGAAUCACGUGCAACAUACCAAUCCCUUGUUGCAGCUAUAGCCUCCGCUUGUCCCGACAUAAAGGAUCUUCAUCUGCUAAGUAAACUGGUGGCCGACAUCGAGCCCAUUGCGGAUCCUCUCCUAUCAACUAUAUCAUAUCACCUUACUGCCCUUACUUCAUUAAAAUUGAACUCUCCUCCGCCUCUGAAGCUCGAUGUGGGGUGUAUGAAGGCGCUCCUCACGGCUCUCCCUUCUCUCCAUACGCUGAAACUCCUCGAGAAGAUUGGGCCUCCCACUCUUCCCCUCUCCGCCCUCUCCGAGCUAGCCCCACUUUGCCCGGUCAUGAGGUUUUUGGCCUUGUAUCUGGACACGAAACACGUUUCCGCCUCUGCCCCGCCAAACGCAAUAUUUCCGUGCUUGGAGGUUCUCAAUGUACAGUCGUCUCCUCUCGAGUCAUCUGCACGAGACGUCGCGACAUUUCUUGGCUCUGUCCUCCCGCUGACGUGUGUAGUUCAACACUCCCAUUACAUCGACGGACCAGAGCGGCUGAAGUGGAGGCCAGUGGUUGAUUUCUUGCCGUUGAUAUUCGAGCUGCGCGCGGCGAAACAGGCAUUUAACCCCAUCGCUCCCUCAGAGAAAUAG